GAAAUCCGGUUUGGGAAGAGGGUAAGAAUAUGUAUACAAAAAAAAAGUCUAGCAAGGACGCGACGCUUUAAUUUGAGGAGGUACUUUCCAUUUCUAUUCAUUUGCACUAUCAUCCGGGACAUAUUCUCGUGACAGGUUCUGAUUGUAAAUUAGAAUUUACAAGGAAAAAGGAUAGAAACCAAAUUUGCAACACCAAACCAAGCCCAAAAAAAAAUGAGAACUUCUGUUCACCUCAUUUUCACUUUUGUUCAAAUCUCGCUCGGAUUCACCUUAGAUCCUUACGACUUCAGCAAGUCUUAUUUCUGCUCUACCUGCUUCACCAACAACCAAGACCAAAAUUACCAUUGCUGCUUUUACUUCUUUAAAUGCUGCGGAGAAGCAAGACGAGGUUCCAAAUCCACUACACCUAGGCCACACUAUCCAGCCAUCCCAACACAAAUAGCUUACUUUGUCCGAGAUGAAUCAGGUGUUAUAUGCUCGAAAAACUGCCAAAGCGACGCUGUAUCAACCGUCCCGUGUUGUCCAUCAAAUAGCGAUUCACAAAAAGAUGCGCUUUCCUUUGGUGGCCCGACUGUGAACUACUUGAGGGCAGAACAGGAGUUUGAUGGUUACGUUGAGGCUGACACCAUGGUCAAGAGUCCGAAUGAAGAGGACGACGAGCUGUCCGAAGCUUUUACGAAACAUUGGUCGACUCCUGAGAAACUGGUGACAACAGACAAGCAAACGCACUUAGCUUUGGACGCCAAUUCAAGACCAUCCAACUUAGACCCAAGACAUAGCGACUUUAGCAAAAAGUUGUUCAUACCACCAUCGCUGGCAUCAGGACACGAGUCGCUAGAUUCUACAUCUCAGAGUUCAAAGAAACUGGGCUGGAUAACGAAAGAUCUUUUGAAAUUGGCGAAUGGUGAAAAUGACAGUUAAAUAAUAUUCUCACAAGCUUUUAUUACCAUGACGCAUUUCAUCUUUACAUUGUUUAUUAGUACUAUUCAUUUCUGAGCACUUACUUUAAAGAAAUAAAACCAUUUUUUUUUCUAA